AAAAUAUAAAAAUAUAAAAAAAAACACAAUGUCCAAACACAAUACACGACUCGAUAGGCAUGUUAAGUUUAGGAUUCUUCAGGAGGACAGGUUACAAUCACCGAGACAAAAAGAGGAUAAUAUCAAACGGAAAAAGAGCACUUCCAAAUCUGAAAAUCUUACUGAACGUGGCCUAUCAUCUUGUCUGAUCAACAGCUCGGUAGAUCUGCGGAUCACAGGAGGUGAGAAUGACCCAGCACAGCGCAAUGUUGGAAAAUUGCCUCGCACCGACAGCGAGUGUCAGUUCAAAGCUCCGGGAUACCGAUUUCUUACCGAACAAGAUACUACAGUGAACACCCAUGAGGUCAAGAUGAGCCCCAGGGUAGUGACGAAAAAGGAUUUAAGGCACAAAUGUGAUUUCUUUGCUAAGAACAAGGACGCACGACCGUUUAAGAAUAAGAUCACGCAGACGCUUUACAGAGAAUCCUCUGCGCAGACAAUGGCUUAUUUGCCGGAGAUUUUUGAAGCAAACAGCGUUGAAACCUUGGAACUGUUUUCCCUGCCAUCUAUAUUCCCAGUAGCAAAUCGACCGGGACUCCAUGAAGUUGAGAUUCUGGAACGCGCCAGGAAACGAUGGGCCUUUAGUGAUGCCCUAAAGAUUCACUUCAAAAACCUACUUCAAGACGCCAGGAAAGUGGCGAUAAAAACAGAGCUCAAGGAGAUUUUGGAGGCCAUUGAAUGGGAGCAGUGGAUACAGCGUGAGGAGGACAUUCAAGAGUGCCAGAUGAUGCGUCUCCAGAUCGUGAUUAAAAUGUUUGAUAAGCGGGAGAAGGAGAUGCACACCGCUUCAAAGACUCGAAUCGAAACAGCCUGCGAGCGAAUCGAGAAGCGACGUCAGGCGGGUUUGCGAAAAAACGAGAUCGAGUUCCAACGGGGAAUGCGCCGAAUGGAGUUCCAACUUACGAAGAAUCCGCGAAGGUGGGAGAAGCAAAGUCCCAUGUACGCGUUGGGAUCACCCAGCUCGGAGUUCUACGCUCCGCUUUUAAGAUACGGCGUGGAUCCGGCGCGUCGCAACUUUGUGUCCAAAACAGCACAAAAAGCCUUCGAUAUGAGAAUCGAUGACUUAGAGAAGCGAAUCAACAAUACCGACUUCAAAUGUCCGUUUAGAAAGCUUAAGGAUUGGUCCAAGCCCAAAAAGUAUGACAAGGAAUAUGAGCGGAACUUCUGCAAGGAAGACAAUCUACAAAAGCUCUUCGAAUCUCUGAAAGGCCUAAGAACACAGGCCAAUGCGGAGAGAGAAGAACCAAAAUGUCUAGUACGGCGAAGAAAACCCGAAUUGGGUAGAGCGGCAUCCCAAAUAACCCUGGCCUAUCUAACUGACUUGUACGAAAGGAGCGAUUCUGAUGAGGAAUAUCGUAAAUCGCGAGCUUACGGAUCCUUUUCACCACACGCAAAGCCGGGGACGAACAAAGUCUCAGAGACCACACUAUCGCAUUUGAAGAACGACAGGAAGCGCGAAGAAAUGGAGCACAUGUUGAACAUUUAUGAGGGCACCUACGUGGGUUGGGUGAUGCAGUUCCUCUCGGAGGAGAUGACCCGACUUUCGGAGCUGCGAAGGCUUCACUUCUUCUCGAUUAUGGCCCAAAAGGAACGCUGGAGACGCGAGGCCGCCGAAGCCGGUCUGCGACAGAAGGAGAACGAAUUGAGAUUGUUGUACGAGGAGCUUUUCCAACAUUGCAAUGUGGUCAACAAUGAGAUCUCCAAUAAGUAUUUUGCCAACAUUCUGAGCUCUGAUAUGUACGGCAUGGCCGAUGGCCUUGCUGGCGAGACAGUGAGUGAAUUGGCCAAAAAGAUCGAUGCGGAUAUAUUGCGAUGGCUAGAGAGCUUUAAGUUGAUCCAAAACCCCCUUACCUAUGUGCCACUACGAAUAAUGUUGAAUGACAUGAUUUCACCGAAUAUGAACAAUAUUCUGCAGCGCUACGAGAAUUCCCUGAUCGCCCAGUACGUAUUGGAGGAUGUGAUUUUCCCAAAGGUGUGGAAUGAACUAGAUCCGUUUGAUAUAGGAUGUACUUUAACGAGUGAUCUCAUAGAUCGCCUAAUCGACAACGAUUUGUAUCUGAUGUCCACUGACAGCGAAAGUGAAACCCCACAAAAAACUUCCUGGCGCGAAGCUCAUGCCAUCAUAAGAAAGAUCAUACGACAGGCAGUUCCUGGCGAUCGUUGGCUUCAAGAAAAUGAGCGUAUUGUUAACGAAAACUAUAAUGAUCUAUUUGACGACGUGUUCGCAGGCAUAUUUGACAAGUCUGAAAAUCCUCCAGCCGUGAGGCCAUCACAACUAAUCGAGCUCUGCCCUACUGUCUCUCAUAAUUACAUUCAUCACAUGGACAAUAUACGCGAGAUGGAAAACUUUCAUACCGAAAAUGCUACCUCACAGCCAGGAUCAGAAUUUGAAAAAAAACAGUUGUUAAACAUAUUAAGAAAACGCAAAGAAGACAAUAUUACAAGAAAUUUACAAAACUUUGAUAAUCCCCUGGCGGGUGAAAUACCAUCUGACAGCGACAUAUUUCUAAGAUCUCAAAUAUUCAAUCCAAUGCCACUUCCAACGACGACACCAAGUGAUUUGUUCAGUCUUAGAAGCACUCUCGAUGUUUCGCAUGCCUCAAAAUUGGGAUCAUUUGUCGGCAGGGGCUAUAGAGUAAUGCUUCCCAGUGAGGAAGAAAAAAAUUCUAACGUUGAUGUAUCAAAACUUCCGAUAGAUAAUGACGAGGAAGAAAAAUUUGAAUUGCCAGCUUCAGAGUUUUCUGAAAUUACAGGGACUGAUAUAGACUCGCCGAAGGUAUCAUUUCAUAAAAUUCUGUCGACAAUGGAAUUGAGGACGAGGAUUUCAUCAGCAUCUGAAUCGCACGAUAAGCAACCAGAAGAAGAGAAUUUAAAACCACUGGAUUCAUCUCCAUUAAAAUUAGAAAGCUUAACCACCCCAUCUCCUGGUGAAGCGAAAACUAGAGACUCCCCUUCAGUUGAAUUAAAGCCGGUUACUGAAUUAGUUUCUGAGAAUGUAAUACCCACCACUUCCUUGGGUACUAGUAGUAUAAUAACCAACGAUACAAACACAACAACAAACGAUUUAGACCAAGAAAAGGAAACGUCUAGGGAAAUGCGCUCGGUAGUCGAGUUCAAUCUUGAGCCUCUAAACAGACCGGAAGCCGAACUCGGACUGGAUGCCGAACUCGGACCGGAUCUCGAAGACGAACCGGGAUCCGAACUUUUGCUCUGGCCAGAACGGGAGUCCUUUAUCCCACCCGUACGUUCGUCGGGGGUCAGAAAUUCAACAGUCGAACCGAUUAAAUCUGAGAAAGGAUCGCAUUCUUCUAAAAGGCCUAGAAAUAAAUCCAUAACCGAUCAAUAUGAAGUUGAGGAAAGAUAUAUUGGCUCCGUGAGCAAGAACCAUAUCCAAAUUAAGGACAAAACCGCUGAGAACAUAGAUAAUAUUGUACCAGAAUCUGAAUAAAAACUAAAAAUGUGUGCUGAAAAGAG